AUGCAGCCAACACGACACCUCCUGAAGCGAUCCGUGUGGAAAGGACCUCACAUUGUCCCUCUCCCCAUCGUGCGCCCCGCCCCCGGACAGAAGGUUGUACCCAUCCGGACGCAGGCCCGUUCCGCCACGAUCCUGCCCAACUUUGUCGGCCUCAAGUUCCAGGUUUACAACGGCAAGGCGUACAUUGACGUGACGAUUACGGAAGACAUGGUCGGUCACAAGCUGGGAGAAUUCUCGCCGUACGUUGAAACCAACUUGGAGAUAUUGAGGUUCUUAGGCGCUAACGUUUGGCAGCACGAGAAAGCCCUUCAUUUGGUCCAGGAUGUAAGAGGCGGCGACGGUCUUGGGAUUUCAAAAGUUCAUCAGCAUGCGGACGGCGUCUGUCAGGGAGUGGAGAAAACAUUUGUACAACAAUGUCAAGAUACCAGCGAUAUAUACUGUAGCAUAAGAAUUUGGGGCCUUGUGCCGUUGACGAUCCUCUGCUAG